AUGGCCUCAAAGAGAAUAUUGAAGGAGCUCAAGGACUUGCAGAGAGAUCCACCAACUUCAUGCAGUGCAGGUCCUGUGGCUGAGGACAUGUUCCAUUGGCAAGCAACAAUCAUUGCUCCAAAUGACAGUCCCUAUUCAGGGGGUGUGUUCCUUGUAACCAUCCAUUUUCCACCUGAUUAUCCUUUCAAACCUCCAAAGGUUGCCUUCAGGACCAAAGUGUUCCAUCCAAAUAUAAACAGCAAUGGCAAUAUCUGUUUGGACAUUCUCAAGGAGCAAUGGAGUCCAGCACUCACCAUAUCCAAGGUUUUACUGUCGAUAUGUUCACUUCUGACCGACCCGAACCCUGAUGACCCUCUUGUUCCGGAAAUUGCUCAUAUGUGCAAGACUGACAAAGUCAAAUAUGAGUCAACAGCUCGGAGCUGGACCCAGAAGUAUGCCAUGGGCUAA